ACACGUUAAAAUCCAAUCAAAACAUUUCGCCUUUUGUGCCGACAAGAAGUUGGAAAAGAGCUGAAAUUCAAGCUUUUGCAACCUUAAUUUCAAUUAAAUUGCCAACUAGAGUUGUAAAAAAAUGCUCAAGCUAUGCAGUCGUCUCUCAACUUUGAGCACAGGAAUGGUCCAUCCGCCUGGCUUGCAAUUUGCUUUUAUCAGUUCGAGUCCGUUGGAACGAUGUUCGACAAUCCUGAAAAGAAAGUUCCCUCUCAGACCACACAAGAAAGGCCACAGACCAGUCAAACUGAAAGGCACAAAUUAUGUUUAUGAGACCGUGCAGGGAAGGAAUAAGACCAAGGAAGAACCACUGGAGGUCAUUUUAACCCAAUACGUGGAUGGUGUUGGCAAAAAGGGGGACAAAGUCAAGUUGAGACGGAACUUUGUCUACAAUAGAUUGCUGUUGCCAAAGCUGGCCGUUUAUGUAAAUCCUGAAAACGAGGCACUUUUCUGUUCCGAAGCAUCUGGAGGUGCUUCUGUUGAAUUCAGCUCGAAAGAUGCUCCGAGGACUGUUGCUUACAUCGCGCGCCAAAUGGUUGCCGUCACGAUGAGCAAAGACAAUCCGUGGACGCUAGAACCGUGGCACAUUCGAGCGAACGCACGGAAAGCCGGAAUCAUAAUUUCCGACGAUAGCUGCAUCGAAAUGCCGCCGGGACCGAUCAGCGGGCCCGACCUGAGUCUGCAGAACAAGGAGUUCUUUGUCACCAUCACGUUGAACAAAAAGGAAAAGGUAAAUCUCCGUUGUCGCAUUCACCACUGGAGCUCCGAGCCUAGCGAACGAAUUUACGCGCACUACCCCUGGUUCGAGAAGGCGGAGCCGAUUUUCGCCGAACAAGCCGAAUAUCUGGAACAAGUUCCGCUGCCCAAAUUCAGGGUUCUCAAUAUAUCUGCGCCGGAAUACAACUAAUUCCUGUGGUUUUCCAUAGUAAAAAUUAAACGUUAGUCUAAAAAUUUGUGUCCAAAUUUUCAUCAGAACCUAAAUUAAAAUCAGUCAAUCAAAAUACAAACAUAUGUAAUUCAUAUUUCUACGUUUAUUAUUAAUCCACAUAAAUUAAAAUGCAUUUGAAUUGAAAAUUUCCAAACUUAACAAGC